AUGAAGCAAUUGCCUCAGGCUGAUCGAAUUCCGUGGAUAAUUAGACUAUCGAAAGAUGUUUUUGUCAUAACCAAAUGCGCUUUUGGCAUUUAUAUGGUUUUCCGGCGAUUGGAACGAAAAAUGAAAAAACAGAAGAAAAUCGAGCGCCGUGUGUCACAGAAUGGAAGUGAUGGGCAUGGAGAAACUUCUGUCAACCUGCUUAUUAAGCAUGGGCAGGGUGUAACAGCUUAG